CUAGACCACGCUACCAUCGGCAUCUUCUCCUGGCUGCCAUCGUCGGAUUCCGCAUCAUUCCCUUGGCCCCCUCGUACAAAGAAGGCACCAGCCGCAACCCCCGACCCCGCGCACUAGCUUAGCUAAGCCAACCUCCGGGUCCUCUUGACCUCCCAAGCCUGCGAGCUGGAGACAUCCCGGCGCCGGCGCGAUGAGCUCCGGCGGCUGCUCGACCUGCCUCGAGGUCAUAUUCGCCGUCGUCCUCCCGCCGCUUGGCGUCUUCUUCCGCUACGGCUGCUGCAGCCCGGAGUUCUUCAUCUCCCUCGCGCUGACGGUACUGGGCUACGUCCCCGGCAUCGUCUACUCCCUCUACGUCAUCCUCCGGACGCCGCCGGAGCCGACGGGCAUCGACGGGGAGCGGCCGUACGACAUGCUCGCCUGACGGAGGCCUGCACUGUACAUCACCAUCCAGCACAUAGGGCCCCUGCACAGCACACACUAUUGUAGUUUUGCUGUACUUUUCGUCGCCGUUCGUGAUGAGCUGUAGGUAGCAGGUAGUUGGUUCAGGACAUUCCUGGCUGUAUUUUUCUGCGUCCAUGUUCUUCCAGUACGAUUGUUUGGAUGGUCUCUGUAAUUGGUUGUCCGAUUGACGAUUCUAGUAUUCUUUGGGGGUUUAUGAAUGUAUUGUCAGUAAGGGAGAGAUGGCAGUUCAUCUGUCCAUAUAUGAAGCAGUUGCUAAUUGGUACAGUAACUGAUACUCUGAUAAGAUGCAUAUAUGUAAUCAUGUACAAAUCUUAAAUCUUAUAAUGUAGUUUGGGGGUCUGAAUUGUGGUUU